CUCGGCGGGGUCCGCCCACGCCGGGGGCUGGGGGUGCUGGGCGCCCCACCCGCCCCCGCUCCUCACUCCUGAGUGAGGCGCCUGAGUCCUCCCUGACGACUGUGCCUCGGGAGUCUUUUCACCCACGGAAACACCCACGUUCAGAGAGACGGAGGGACCCAAGGCUUGCGAGCUUCCUUGUUUCAUUAUGGGCCAAAGCAGCCAACUGAAGGACUGGGAUCCAGUAAACUGUAGGACUAAUUGUCCGUGUGUUUCAGGUGAGGAGCAAAAGGGGCGCGUCUAUUCAGUUCCCAAGGCCAAGGAAAGGCCGACGGGCAGGCAUUCUCAAGAGUCUGAGAAGCCUCCGGACACUAAGCCUGCAGAGAGCCUCCAUGGAAAGAGAGGGGCAGCCAAGCGACAGUGGCCUUCAUCUGAAGUCGAAGAGAAACCUGAUGUAAAGGUAAACUCGAGCAAGAAGAAAGCUGUCAUUCCACAGAUCAUCAUCACUAAAGCCUCACAAGAGACUCUAACCAGCUACGGUUCCAUCGGAAGUGAAGAGCAGAGAACCAUUCAGGAGCAGGCUGAAUGGGGCCCCUACUACCGACACAGAAACCCUAGCACAGUAGAUGCCUAUGGUUUACGAGAAUAAACAAGUGCCCCGAGGA